CUGCAGUGAUUCGUUCCUGGCUGCGUCCAAUUUUUGCACCCAAGAGAAAAACAAAGAGUUCCCCUUUCUAGUAGAGUUUUUCGUUCCCCUUCAGUUUUGCCAGAGAUUUUUGUGUUAGAACAAGGCCAAGAGCAAGCCAUGGCGCCCUUGAGCCAGCACCAGAUUCGCCUCAGGAAGGCGCUGGCCACCAAGACCAGGCCCAAGACCAAGAUGCUCCCGGGUUUGGGCGUUAAACCCUCUGCCGCUUUCUCCAAGCCGCUGCAGCAGACCUCUGCUGCUGCCAUCUCCAGGUCGCCUGCACAGCAGGCCUCUGCAGUCCUCUCCAAGCCGCAGCCGCAGCCGCAGCAGGUUGUGCCGGCUGCGCAGCAGCCGCGGCGCCGCGUCCGCAUCGUGUACGAGGACCCCGACGCCACGGACUCGGACACCGACGACGAGGCCCCGGCCGCCGCGACCUCCUCCAAGCGCUGCUACGAGCUGUUCCUCGGCAAGGCCCCGCCCAAGGUGCUGCCAAAGCCGCUCACCCCGACGGCUGCUACUGCGGCGGCUGUCUGCACGAGCAGCGCCAACGGCGGCGAGGGCUACCGCGGGGUGCGCCUCCGCAAGUGGGGCAAGUGGGCGGCCGAGAUCCGCAACCCGUUCACUGGCAAGAGGGAGUGGCUCGGCACCUUCGACUCGGCGGACCUCGCCUCCACCGCCUACCAGUCGGCCUCCCGGAGCUUCAUCGAGGAGAAGCGGCGCCGCAAGGCCAAGGCCGCGCCUGCCUCGUCGUCGGCUGCCUCCACGCCGACCGCCUCCUCGUCGUCCUCCACAUCGGCUGCUCCGUUCGCGCACGCGUCGCCGUCGUCUGUCCUGGAGGCUACCAAGCCAGCUGCGGCGGCCAAGCCCCUGUCGCCUGAGCCGACACCAGUCCCCGCCACGGUGUCCACCGAGGCCGGCCAGCUGCCGGAUGACCCGGAGUUCUACCAGGACCUUCUGCGUGGGCUUCAGCUGCCGGACAUUGACCCGAUGGACUUCCGCGCUGGGCUCGACGCGAUGGACGUCUCGGAGGUGCCGGCUUACUUGGACGGUGAACAGGACCUGCUGCUCGGCGACUUCGCUGAUGAGGAGCUGGAGCUCGACAUCGACCUUGACCUCGACGAUAUCGGCGACGACUUCCUGGACAUGCCUGGCUGCGACUUCGGCCGCGGCAUGGAUGACUUCCUGCGGACCGCUGAUUUCUGCGUGUGAAUUAAGAGAGGUUUAAGCUUAUUAUUGAUAAAUGUUGGGAGUGUGCUGGGCUUGCCAGUGAGUGAGUGAGUGUAAUCCGUGCGUUGGGAGGGAGGAGACCAUCCUCUUGGGUUUUUCCCCGGGCAAUUCAGCCAGCUCGUGCCCAAGAGAUGCUCUCUGUUUUCCCUGAAUCUCCCAAGCACAUUAGCGUUUGAGAGAUAGUGAGUAUUUUUGAUAGGUUAAGUUGUGAUAAGUUAUAGCUGUGGCAUCUAUGUUUCUCUUAUCUUAGUUCGUCCUCUUAAGACAUUGUAGCUCGAGACAAGUCUUGUGGCUAUUGCCUAGUAUUAUGAAAAAGAAAAAUAAGUUGGCAUUA